UAUGGAACAUAAAUAACAUCUUUGAACAGGUCCACGUCAUUGAUAGGCAUGAACUCCAAAUUGAUCAUAUCAGUCUUUCAGACAAUGGAUUGGCAGUUACCGUUACUAGAUCAUUUGUUGGUGUUUGGGAACUUCGAUCUGGUCGAUUAUUAUCAAAAUUGGCAGAUAGUCAUUUGGGGGCAAUAGUUACACAUGCUGAAAUUUCACCACCGGAUGGAAAGUUUAUUGUAUCAUCAGAGACCGGAAAAUUAUUGACUUGGAACAGAGUAUCAGAGCAAGUACUGUUUCGGGACGAUCAACCGGGUAUUCAACAGAUAAAAUUUUUAGAUGGUGGUGAAAAAGUUAUGGCGAUUUCUUGCGCUAACGUUAAUCGUAAAACAGAGGACGCAGAGUGUGGCGAUUUGAUAGCCCUUGUUCGGAUCAGAAGCAUACCUGAAGGUUCACUACUAUGUGCCUUUGAUUAUCCUUUUAAAAUAAUUCCAGGAAUCCCAUUCAGAAAUGCAAUUAUUACGUCUGAUAACAGUCAUAUUGUCGUUGUGACGAUUGACAAAGCAAAUAAAGAUUCCAUUAGCGUAUUCACUUCUUCAGGGAAUCAUGUGCAUAAAAUUCCGUUGCGCGGCUACAGCAUUAAGGAAGUCCUUUCUAUAAUUCCUCUUCCGCAUAAGCCCACACAAAUCGGGAUAAUUGGUAGUGAAAAGGGUAGCAUAAUUGACAUAAAAACCAAAAGACAUGUUCGAUCGGUUCCAAAAUGGAAUGGAAGCUGUACACGUGAUGGAAAAUUCGGUUUGUUUGCGCCAACACGAGGAGGCCUAGAAUUGUUAGAACUCCGCAAGGGAUUUACAGUUAAAACAUUCAUACCAAAAGUAGCUGAAGGUGUUUUCACCGUGAUUUGUAUGUUUACCGAGGGGGAUGAAUAUGUACUGUACUAUCAUAGUGGCAAAAAGACUCUGCGAGUUUUUCGGACAUCAAAUACAGAAAUGAUUGCUAACUAUAGGAUGCAGGCUGAACUGACUGCAAUUAAGAGUACAACUGAUGGUAAGGGAUUAGUUUUGGGCACUGUCGAUGGAUGUUUAUCCGUUUUCGCAAUAGCGGAUCCUGAGAAAGAUGAAACAUCCAAAUUUUUGGCUGACCUUCCCAGUCGAGAUGAACAAUGGAAGAAGAAGUUGGCAAAGAAAAAAGCGCGUAUAAGAUUUAAAGCAACUAUUACUCUCGUUAAAUUAUGUUUGAAAUUUGAACAGAAAUAUGCUAUCAAUGGCACAUCUGCUGAAAAUGGUUCGAAGAAACCAGAAAUUGAACAUAAUGUGGAUAUUUAGUUUUUUUUUAUUAUAUGGUGAUGGGCUAAUGUCCCGCCUAGAAUGUUAUGUUAAAUAAAAAGAAUAAUUUUUCCUUUUUGUUAA